AUGCCGGUGCCCGCCUGCCUGCAGCUCCCUGCCCUGAUCCCACUGCCAGAACCCGGCCGUGCCAUGGAGGACUCAGCCAAUACCAGGGCCGAGCCAUGGGGUGAGGGGCUGCACAACAGCAACAACAACGCUUCCCCGGGGGUGUGGCCAGGUGCCCGCAGUGGGCAUGGCCUGGCACCUUUCGGUGGCCCCACAGCUGAGCCCAGUUACCUGGGCCGGGUGGUCCUGGAGAUCGUGGAGUCAGAGCGCACCUAUGCCCGGGACCUGCGCAGCAUAGUGGAGGGUUACCUGGGCAAGAUCAUCGAUGCAGAGGAGCCGCUGCUGCGGCCGGAGCAGGUCAGCGCCCUCUUUGGCAACAUCGAGGACAUCUACGAACUCAGCAGCACCCUGCUGCAGAACCUGGAGAGCUGUGCCAGUGACCCUGUGGCUGUGGCUGUCUGCUUUGUCACCCGGAGUCAGGAGUUUGCCAUCUAUACCCAGUACUGCAACAACUACCCCAGCUCGGUGGCAGCACUGGCAGAGUGCAUGAGGAGCAAAGUGCAGGCGCGGUUCCUGCGAGAGUGCCAGGAGAGGCUGCGCCAUGCGUUGCCCCUCGGGGCCUACUUGCUGAAGCCUGUCCAGAGGAUCCUCAAGUACCAUCUGCUGCUCCAGGAGAUCGCCAAGCACUUCGAGCACAAGUCAGGGGAGGACUACGAGGUGGUGCUGGAGGCCAUCGACACCAUGACCUGCGUGGCCUGGUACAUCAACGACAUGAAGCGCAAGCACGAGCAUGCCAUCCGCCAGCAGGAGAUCCAGUCCUUGCUGCUGGGUUGGAAGGGUCCGGAUCUGACCAGUUACGGGGAGCUGGUGCUGGAGGGCACCUUCCGGGUACAGCGGGUACGGCACGAGCGCGCUGUCUUCCUCUUCGACAAGACCCUGCUCAUCACCAAGCGCAGGGGGGACCACUACGUCUACAAGAGUCACAUCCCAUGCUCCUCGCUGAUGCUGAUCGAGAGCACGCGGGACUCGCUCUGCUUCAGCCUGGCACACUACAAGCAUGGCAAGCAGCAGCACAACCUGCAGGCCAAGAGCGUGGAGGAGAAGCGCAUCUGGACCCACCACAUCAAGAGGCUCAUCCUGGAGAACCACCAUGCCAUCAUCCCCCAGAAGGCUAAAGAAGCCAUCCUGGAGAUGGACCUGUUCUACCCCCCACGCCUGCCCCGCUGCAGCCCUGAGCGCCUGAAGAAGAGUUGGUCCUGCCAGCCCCUUGGUGACACCGUGCCUGAGCCGCGCCAGGGCCGCCGCCAGUCCGAGCCCACCAAGCAGAUCCUGCAGCAACUGGGUGAGCAAGGGCUCAAGCAUGCAGACAGUGAUGGGGCUCUACUGGAGGUGGGGGACAACCCCCAGCAUCCCCCAACCUGGGCAGUAGCUGAAGAUGUGGUGGAAGAGGAAGAGGAGGAGGAGCAAGAAGUCUUGGGUGAGAACUGCCAGGAGGAGCUGCCCGGGCUCAGGGACCUGCUGGUGGAACCCCAGGAGGAGCAGGCUGGGGGGCACCUGCUGGCACCAGAGGGACCCAAGCGGCCGAGCAGUUGGGGGCCAGGGAGCUGUGAGAAGGUCAGUGCAGCCCCACAGCCCCCACCCGGGGGUGCCCAGGGACCCAGCGCCGGGGACCACCCUGAGGGGUCGAGGGCACCCGAAACCCCAUCCUCAGCGGGCACCCCGGUGCUGCCCGCGGAGCCAGAGUGUGCCACGGAGGGGUUGAGCAGUGAGGAAGAGGAGGAGGAGGAAGAAGAGGAGGAAGAAGAAGAAGAAGGAGCUGCUGGCAGCAUCUUGCCACCUUCGGUGCUGGACCAAGCCAGCGUCAUUGCCGAGCGUUUCGGCGGGGGCAGCACCUUGUCCCGCCGCAGCAGCUUGGCACUGGCCAGCCGCAGCGGCAGCGCCCUCAGCUUGGACGGAAUGUGCCCCACGGAGAGCGGGGAGCCCGGGGGGUCCCGCAGCACCGUCCCUUCUCCCGAACCCCUCGCUGGAGCUCGCCGGGAGUCGACGCUCUCCAGCCGGGACCGCUUGCUGCUGGAGAAGAUCCGGAGCUACUACGGGCACGCCGAGCACCGCGAUGCCAGCUUCAGCGUGCGCCGGCGAGAGAGCCUCUCCUUCAUCCCCAAGGGGCUGGUGCGCAGCUCCGUCACUCGCCUCAACGCCCUCCCGCGCCCCCCGGCCACCCCAACUCACCCCCCCAGCCAACCGGCACCACUGGCAUCCCCGGAGGCGUCACCGGAUGAGCCGUGCCAGGAGAACGGGCUGCAGCCCGCCGAGCCGCUGCUCAUCGUGGAAGAGGACGAUGAUGUGGCCACCAAGCCACCAAGCGGGACACCACCGCGGUUCCUCCUUACGCCCCCCCACCACCCUGGCACGAAAGUCUACCAGCUGGCACGGCAAUACAGCCUCCGCAUCAAGAGCCGCCGCGCCGGUGGGCACCGGCGCCCCCCACUGCAGUCUGAAGACGGGGACCCACACGUUGGCACCCCCUCGAUGGCCGUGCCACACGACGGGGGACUGGUGGUGACCCCCUCCCCGCUUGACCCCCGCAGCCCUUCCAGUCCCGUCGGUGCCGAACCCUUCGCCUGGCCGGACGUGCGGGAGCUGCGCGCCCGUUUCGGCGCCCCCCGGCCGUCACCGGUGAGCCGCAGCCGGUCGGCACCUGAAGGGCCCUGCCGCGGCGGGCGCCCGGCCGAGAAGGAGCGAGGCGGCGGCCGGAGCCGGAGCGCCGAAGCUGGUGGAGGUCCUAGUGCCGCCCCUGAGCCGGCACCGGCGCGGCACGGCAGCGACGGGGCGCUGUGGGUGGCAGCGGAGGCUCCGCUGGGUCCGGGCCAACGAGUGGUGGUGUUAGAGAGGCUACCGGCGCCGGGGGACACCCCCGCCUACGUGCAGAUCCGUUCGCCCACCACCCGGGAGAAGAUCUGCUUGAAGGCUGUGGUGGAACGGUGCAAAGCCUACCAGGCUUCCGAGGAGUACCGGCGCCGGUGCCCUGAGCCCCACGAGGCCCCUGAGCCCCCCGAGCCCCCUCGGCAUGGCCUGGUCAGGGACCUGCGGCAGAAAUUUCAGACCCUCGAUGCUGCCAGCUAG